AUGCUACUAUUUCUGCUUUAUCUUUGCAGUAUGGCAGCAGAUGCUGGACUAGACUUUGGAAACAGGGCUGAAAGGCAAAGCAAGUUGAAUUCCAUUCGCCAUCAUGAUUACGAGCAUAGCGACGAUGGGUAUAAAGAGCAUAAAAUGUAUGAGUAUAAAGAAGAUCCCCAUGAAGCCACUGUGAUUACAAAUGAAUAUCCUGAAACCAUAUAUCAUGAUGUUCCGCAUAUGAAUGAUGAAGACUCUUCACAUGAGCAGAUGAAGGAAAGCAUUAAUGCACCUGAUUCAGGUAAUGGAUAUAAAGAUGCUAUUGAUAGUGGUGAUCCCUCAUUCCAUCCAUAUCAAGAAGGCAUACUCAGCCAUCUUAUAGGCAAUAUGCCAUCUGCGAUUUCUGGAUUUGCAGAUAUUACCGAGACACCGACUGAGAUUAAAAGCGCACCUCCAAAUUAUGCAUAUCCGAAUGAAACAUAUGUUUCUGAAGAUAACAUACUGACAGGGAGAACAAACAUUCAGCAGGACAAGAUCAAUCAUCUAAUAGCAGAAGGAAAGCCAAUAGACAAUGCGAAUCCAUCGAACGUGUACAAUACUCUUAUGUCGAUCGGCCACUCGAAACCUGUGGCGACUGGUGUUGCCAAUGAGAUCAGGAAUGCAAAUGUCAUUGAGGAAAUGAGGAUUAAGAAAGCACAAGAGCUGUCUUUGCCUGCAAAAAGUCCGUCGUAUGUUUCUCAGAUUGAUCUUGCAAAGUUCAAGAACUCGAAGGAUGUCAUUUCAGAUUUUGAGAGAGACAUGUCUGAGAAGAUGACGCUUGAGUCUCGCCUUGCAAGUACGAAUUCUAUAGUGAAAGCCAAGUUUGAUGCGCUUCAAACAAGAAAUUAUGCAAAUAACUACAAUCAAGGGCUUGCAAAAGGACUGAAAGCUGAGAUGGCAGACGAUCAGGCAAUGAACAUGGCCGAUCUUGGAUAUCAGGAAGCAAGACGAAUAGCAGCGAUAUCAGGAGGAGGACAGCAGGUUGCAAAGCUUGCGGAAGACAAGAUAAAAAUUGAGCAAGAAAAUGCAGGCAAGAUUGCAAAUUCGCCGCCUGGCAUCCGUUCUGAAUUGAUCAGUGAAAAGAUAAAAGCAAUGAAUGCCAAGAAUCUUGAAAACAUGGAGAACUUCACUAAUGAUCUGACGAAGAUGCAUAUUGAAGAGCCAAUUGAAAGGGCACACCAGAAGCUCAAGUUGGCAAGUGAAUUGAAGGAGGAGGCAUAUGAAGAGGCAAUAACGCAUCCGGUUGUGAGCGAAAAGAUCCUAAGAGACAUUGCCAAUGUUAACAUGUCAGACCUUGACAAGGCGCAGAAUGAUCUUCAGAACAUUGAGAGCCAUCGUUUGAUGACUGGCAGUAGGGUGAAUGCGCUUGAUUUGCUACAUGAUGUAAGCAAUCAGAAAACAAUUGACCGUGUGAACAAGAUCAAUGAGCUGAAUGAGCUGAAUGCGAUUGCAGCACAGAGGGAUGCAGACAAUAAGAAUGCGCUAAAAGCAGCUGAAGAGCACAAUGCACUUGAAAAAGAAAGCGAAAUGAUUGGCCAAGAAGGUAAGGAAGCGUUUAAGCAAGUGUUUAGGAGGACGCAUAAUAUGGCUGAGGCAGAUCGGGCAAGAAAUGAGGCAGAGAAAAAGAAAAGAAACAGAUUGUCUAUUGAAAGAGAGAAGAGGAUGAAAGAACUGGAAGAUAUGUUUUCAAGCAGGAACAUUGGGCUGAGUUCAGCAAUCAAGGAAGAGAUUAGACAUGUAGCAACAGCACAUGCAGGGCAGACUGAGGUUGGUGACAGCCUUGAGGAUCUCCAAAGGAAAAUUAUUGAAGCUGAGAAGCGUAAGACAAACAUUGAAGAACUACAGAAGGAAACAAUGACUCCGGUGAAAGUCAAGGAAGCUAUUCCAUCGAAUGUAAGUAGUGUUGGGAUACAGAAUACAAAAAUGAAGCUUCCAUUGAAGGGAUUCAGCAAUGAGGAGGCGAAGACAGAGGAGGAGGCAAUUGUACAACGUAUACAGAUGAAAAGAAGAGAUCAAGUAAGGAACAGGGUGAUUGAAACACAGAUUGAGACCGGUCUGAAUGUACUUGAAACUGAUGAUGGAUACACACAUAUUUCUGAAGCAGCAGAGAAGAUGGAUAUAAGCAAAGGAAAGAUAUAUUAUCCGAAGAAUGCAAAGGGAUUGAUGGAGAAGCAAGGACUUGACACAUCGAUGCUGAAGCACAGAUUCAACACUGGAGAAAGAACAGACAUUGACAAGGGAGUUGAGUAUUAUGAAGCGGAUGUAAAUGGGUUUAGCCUUGAUCUUCCGUCUCCGUUAGAUCCGAUUCCUACGUCUGCAAUUACAAACGGGAAGACAAGCCUGGACAUUGGCCAUGCAUCUGAGAUCCAUAUAGACGAGGGUGUGUUGAUACAAAAGCCCUGGGAUGAGUUUGUCAAGGAUGUCAGGCCAUCGGUUAACGAAGGGCAUUUGCAAGAGGCACAAGCAAUGGAGAUUAUGCAUAGGAAGUCACUGAUUGAGCAGGAGAACAAGAAGAAGAACCUUGAGGAGAUAGACGUGAGUGUGAUUACGAAUCCCGAUGGUGCUGAGUAUGUCGAGGUUGUUCCACCCUAUGGAGUGACUGAGAUCCUUCCAAUGAGCCAGGCAAUUGCAAGUCUUAAGAGCAUUGGAACACAAUCUGUUGAUGCAGUAAGCGAGGAGACAAAGCGCCAUAACAAGAAUAUUCUUCUUGACAUGGCAUCCAACAAAUUGCAAACUGAUGUGGAGACUGAGUUUAUUCUUGAUAUCCUUAGCAACAUGGAGAAGUCUGGAAACGUAAGCAAUCUUUCAAAGAAGAAUCCGUUCAAUGGAACCAUUGAUGAGACGAAGGCAAAGAUCGUUGACAAGCAUGUGAACGAGAUGAUUGAGGAGAAUAUUUCGACAUCAAACACAGUUGAGAGCAAUGUUAGAAACAAUAUCCUUAGGAAUGCUGAGCAGUAUUCGAAGCAGUUAGGAGUCAGCACGCAGUCGUUCAUUGAGAUGGUCUCGAAGGUCUUUGACAACAUUAUUACGCAGAUGAAUAUAUACAACCAGUCUCCGAUCAAGAGCAGGAAGGAAGUCGCAAACACUCAGUUCUACAAGUACAUUACAAGUAUUUUACCAAGUGGCACUAAUGUGGACUCAAAGACGGUAGUCAAGAUAUUCUUGAAUAACAUAGCGAAGGAGACAAAUAGGCCAGACACAGUUGAUGGAGAAGUGGUAAGCACAACUAAGGUUCAGAGUGACCAGCCUAUCAUCGCAACACGUAGCAUACCUACGCCAACAGGGAUUCAGAAUAUGAUUUACAAUCUAACGCCUAAGAAAAAAGCGCCCAGCAACCAACCAAGCACUAACGUUCCGGAUAACUCACAGAUUCUUACAAAGUUUAAUCUGAACAAUCCGAAUAAGCCGCUUACGGUGCCAAGAACCAAGCCGAACAAGCCACAGGAAGUACCGCCUACAACUACACCUUCUAAUGCAGCUCCAGGUACACCGCCUACAACUACCACUACAACUACUACAACUAGGCCAAAAAAUCUACCUAAUAAUCUGGCUAACAUUUUCAAAAUUCCUGGAACAUCAAACCCUAAUACUACUACGCCAGGAGAAUCUAAUAAUGCACCUGCAGGCAAUAAACCUUCACAGGAAGCACCAGGCAAUCAAACAACUGGUAAUGAGCCUACGAAUGGUACAACAAACAGUCCAGCUGGCAAUGUACCUAGUAUUAAUAAUCCUCAAGGCACACUAGGUAAUGAAACGACAGGCAAGCCUGAUACGAAUGCCCCAGGCAGUGUCGAAGGAGCACCCAGCAAUCAGCCAAGUAAUACACCCAACACGUCUGAAUCAUCAACUGGUACACCAGGCACAAGUACUACACCUAAUCAAAACGCACCUGAUGCUACGCAACCAGGCACCGGUACUAAUCUUACUCCUAACACACCCAAUACACCACCGGGAACAGGAUCAGACAGUGGAGAAAGAGCACCAAUCCAUCCAUUAUCUCUUAUUCCCCCGCGGAAUCUUUAA